AUGGAAGAGCUGUUGGAGGAUUGGAUGACAAAGAUGACUUUGCUGGUCAAGACGUCGCUGGAACGGAGCGGCGCCAAAGUCAGCAAGAUAUCCGCGACACCGCCAUCUUUGGAUCCAAACUCGUCCGGCAAGGUGCCAUCAGAUGGGUCCGUGCAUUCGUCGCACUCCAACGCCUCCCACUCCAAUCCAGAGAAACCCAGGCGGCGCAGCCAUAAAGUCACUGUGCGCGUGAGAACUGCCGAUCUACACCCAGAGGAUUCUCCUGGUGCCACCACAAGUAUGAGCUCUGUGGCCUUUGUCGUCCCAAAGGGCUGCCUGGCCGAAUAUGACAAGCAGCCAGAGGAGUCUUGGCUGCGCUUCGUGCAGAGAAAGAUCAAGGACUUCGUGGCAGGCUGGUUCUUCGAAGCCUUCUUCGCCAGCAUCAUCGUGACCAACAGCAUUUUCAUCGCUGUGCAGGUGGAAUGGGCUUCACAGAAUCCCGGAGGUGACAUGCCACUUUUUCUCUUCAUGAUCGCCUCUGGAUUCACGAUGCUCUUCACGAUGGAACUCAUACUGCGAUUUAUCGCGCGGGGCAUUUGGAUCUUCUGCGGUGAUGACUGGGGCUGGAUGCUGCUGGAGACCUGA